AUGCCGGACGCGGCCGCCCACCUGCCCUUCUACUACGGCAGCAUCGCGCGCUCCGAGGCCGAGGAGCACCUGAAGCUGGCGGGGAUGGCGGACGGGCUGUUCCUGCUGCGGCAGUGCCUGCGCAGCCUGGGCGGCUACGUGCUCUCCAUGGUGUGCGACCUGCAGUUCUACCACUACCCCAUCGAGCGCCAGCUCAACGGCACCUACGCCAUCCUGGGGGGCAAAGCCCACUGCGGCCCCGAGGAGCUCUGCGAGUUCUACUCCAAGGACGCCGACGGGCUCUGCUGCCCCCUGCGCAAGCCCUGCAACCGCCCCAGCGGGGUGGAGCCCCAGCCCGGCGUCUUCGACAGCAUGAGGGACAACAUGGUGCGGGAAUACGUGCGGCAGACCUGGAAGCUGGAGGGGGAUGCCCUGGAACAGGCCAUCAUCAGCCAGGCUCCCCAGGUGGAGAAGCUCGUGGCCACCACAGCCCACGAGAGGAUGUCCUGGUACCACGGCAACAUCUCCCGGGAGGAGGCGGAGAGGAGGCUCUACUCGGGGGCACAGCCGGAUGGGAAAUUCCUGCUGAGAGAAAAGAAGGAGAACCGUUCCUACGCCCUGUCCCUCGUCUAUGGCAAGACCGUGUAUCACUACCGGGUGGAUCACGACAAAUCUGGGAAAUAUUCCAUUCCUGAGGGCACCAAGUUCGACACGCUCUGGCAGUUGGUGGAGUACUUAAAACUCAAACCAGACGGGCUGAUUUUCUACCUGAGGGAAGCCUGUCCCAACCCCAACAUGCCAGCCUCUGCAGCACCAGUUCCACCCACCCACCCCUCCGCGAGCAGAACCCUGGGCUCUCUCAAUGCGGACGGGUACACGCCAGACCCCGUAGGGGCAGGAAAAUCCCGCCUGCUGCCCAUGGACACCAGCGUCUACGAGAGCCCCUACAGCGAUCCCGAGGAGCUGAAGGACAAGAAGCUCUUCCUGAAGAGGGACCACCUGAUGAUUGAUGAGGUGGAGCUGGGGGCAGGAAACUUUGGCUGCGUCAAGAAGGGAGUUUACAAAAUGAGGAAGAAGCAGAUCGACGUGGCCAUCAAGGUGCUGAAGAGCAACAACGAGAAGACGGUGAAGGAUGAGAUGAUGAAGGAAGCGCAGAUCAUGCACCAGCUGGACAACCCCUACAUCGUGCGCAUGAUCGGGGUGUGCGAGGCCGAGUCGCUGAUGCUGGUGAUGGAGAUGGCUUCUGGAGGGCCCCUCAACAGGUUCUUGGCUUCCAAGAAGGACGAGAUUACAACGAGCAACAUCGUGGAGCUGAUGCACCAGGUGUCCAUGGGGAUGAAGUACUUGGAGGAAAAGAACUUUGUCCACAGGGACCUGGCAGCCAGGAAUGUCCUGCUGGUCAACCAGCACUACGCCAAGAUCAGUGACUUUGGGCUCUCCAAGGCUCUGGGAGCUGAUGACAGCUACUACAAGGCCAGGACGGCAGGGAAGUGGCCCUUGAAGUGGUACGCCCCGGAGUGCAUCCUCUUCCACAAGUUCUCCAGCAAGAGCGACGUCUGGAGCUACGGUGUGACCAUGUGGGAGGCCUUCAGCUUCGGGCAGAAACCCUACAAGAAAAUGAAGGGCCCCGAGGUGAUCAGCUUCAUCGAGCAGGGCAAGCGCAUGGACUGUCCCCAGGAGUGCCCGGCUGAGAUGUACGCCCUGAUGCAGCAGUGCUGGACAUACAGAUGGGAAGAACGUCCAGGAUUUGUGGCUGUGGAAAACAUCAUCCGCUCCUACUACUACAGCAUUGCUGCCAAGCCCGAGAACGGGCCAGACACGGGGGACAAGGCCAAAGCAGCUCUUCCUUGAGAUUCCUUCUCCGCUCCUCCACCUGCCCUGUGCGGACCUGGGAAGGCUCUUUGUGAAGUUUUGCUUUAAUCUCUCAAAUGCUCCUCAGGAUCUGAGGGCGGGGGACACCCAGCUGUGCCUCCCAGCUCCUGCAGCCUGACCCAGCCCAGGAGCGCCGACAGCGUCACAGCCCCUUCCCACACAGCUCCAAAGCCGUCCCAGGAUCCCAGAGCUUUGUGCCUCCCAGGCUCACUGAGGAUGAGCUGUGUUGGCUCCAGAGAACCUGGAUCCUUCCAGAAUCUUUAACAAUGCUUUCCCGGGAAACCACCAAGUGCACCUUUCUGGUGGGGUUUGCAUGGGGUGGGACCCAGCACAGGGAGCCACCGAGUCCUUUUCCCCUUGGAUCAGCGCAGGAAGCAGCUGGUUUGCAAAUGGGAUGGAGAGGAGCAGCGGGACAGAGCUGGUCCCACAGGUUGGCCCCCCUGCACCCCUGGCCAGCACAGAGCAGGUGUCACCCAGCCCUCCAAGGUGGCUCCCAGACAA